GUUGUAAUAAUAGGCUACCUUAAUUGUUCAGCUAUUGAAUCAGUACAAGUCCAAAAAAUUCAUUAUUCAUCCAAAUAGCAAGUAAUCGCAAUGGCCAAAAAGCUUCGAAAUAUCAUCAUUCGAGCCCCAAAGUCGAGUGAGCCUGCGAGUCCAACUUCAACUUCGCAAACCGAUGAGACCGUCAUUGAGUCUCCAAGGUCUCAACUACCGCUUACAUCUGGGCCAUGGGAUGAAAUUAAAGACGCAUCUGAAGAUACAGAAAGGCCACUACCAGGAUGGCCACUUGUGUCUAAAUUGAUUGCGCAAUAUCCAGAUCUCGAAGCUUUCAAAGCCUUUCGUGACCUUAAUAUCAAAAGUCUGCUCUAUUAUCAAGCAGAACUAGAGAAUCUACGCAAGAAGCUACACAAAGCAGAAUAUGAGGAACAUCAACAGGGUGAACAAGAUGGCAUAACGAAAGCUUCAAUGAUGGCGAUGAAUUUAGACUACUAUCUUCUACAUGCUCGAAUGGAUGAUAGCAAGUGCAAGUCUAAACAAGUGAAGAUAAUGAAACAGAUCAGAGUAGUUUUGAAAGAAUAUAAUGAUGCGUUAUUACAAUACUCCCAGAUUACAGCAUUACCGAAAGCAGACCCUUACAAUGUGGAAACUCUAAGGACAUGGCUCAAGACAGUGGGCAAGGACUGCAUCAGUGGGAAUGCAGCGUGUAUAUGGGGCGACUAUACAGAGAAUGUAGGCGAGGAAAAGCCUUUGAGAUGGCGGUUCGUAAGUAUUAUGCGUAGCAUCUUCUGGCCCGCAGCCCCCAAAGUUGAUACUCUCGAUCUUAUUGUACCUCGGCAAGGUCAUACGGUUGACGGCCUAACUACGUGGGUUGCAAAUGAAUUUGUCCCAUUCUGGCACAGUAUCAAACAAGGAUUACGGCGAAAGAAGGCGAGAACCGUCUCUGAAGAAAAUGGCCUACCCACUACUGAAACAAAGAGCAAUUCAUUCUUUGAAACAAGCGAAUGUUUAAGAAGCCCCAGAUUUUGGUUCAAUCCUAUGAAAUCUACCUCUGAUACAUCGGAAGGAGAUCAAGAGUCAAAAGAUAGGUUAGGGCUUACUGUUUACUCCGAAGCACGCAUGUUACGUUUCACCUCAGCUAUAGCCACUGUAAUUGCGUGUUUGUUACCAACCGUCGCCAUCGCAGUACUUUCAAGUCUUGAAUCUACCAAAGAGCUACUGGGAGUUAUUGCGGCAUUCACAGCAAUCUUUGCUAUGGGACUUAUGUUUUUGACUGAUGCGAGUACAUCGAGGGUUGAGAUAUUCACCGCCACCGCCGCCUUUUCCGCCGUCAUGGUGGUAUUUGUGCAGAAUCAAAAUGUCUAUAUAGGCUCGUCUCCAAAUAUUCCUGGAACUCGAAUUACGAACGGGACAAAUUCAACGAACUGAUAAAAUACAGCGUGGCACAAGUUUUAUUUCCCAUGCAUGUCUCCACUUUAAUGUCGAACAGAGCAUGAAGAAACGACCUCAAAUUAUUAUCUGCAGAGACCAAUGAUUCUAGUUCCUACAGAGUUAACACUUCGCCUUUUCCCUGCAUAUAUUUCUUGAUAUACAUUUUCAUUGUCGGGGAUAAUUAUCAUGAAUCAUGAGUCACGAAGUCACGAAUCACGAAAUUUUAAUCCAAUCAAAUACUCCUAAACUUCCGAACCCGAAUUUGCCAUGAAAUAUGCCCUGGGAAACGCCCAAUGUCGUAGUUACCACUUUCGGAAGAACAUACAUUAGCGUUAUACCAUUCAAACUUUUACCCCUCACCAAGCCCAUGCAUUGCAAAAAUUUCCCACCCAUGAACA